AUGCAAAACGAAAUAAUAAAGCCUGCUAAAUACUUCUCAGAAGUGGAGAAGAGCGUGCUGCUUGCGUUAGUUGAAAAAUACAAAUAUGUGCUUGAAUGUAAAAAAAGUGAUGCAAGAACUAUUGCUCUGAAACAACGUACCUGGCAAGCACUAGCUCAUGAAUAUAAUUCACAGCCCAGUGUAUCACUGCGAGACUUCAAACAGUUAAAGAAAUGCUGGGAAAAUAUCAAGGCACGGACAAAAAAGAUAAUGGCACAUGAAAGGCGGGAGAAGGUAAAAAGAAGUAUUAGUCCGCUUAUAAAUACUCACAUCAUAGGGAAAGAGAAGAUUGCCAGCAUAAUGCCUGAGCAAAUGUACUUUUUGCAGAGCCCACCAGAAGAAGAUUCUGAAUAUCAGCCUGAUGCUUCUAGUCAAGAGUCAUUUGUUGUCUCAAAUAGAGAACUCUGUGAUGAAGAGAAAGAGCUGGUACAUUUCCCAGUAUGUGAAGGUACCUCCCAACCUGAGCCUUCGUGUUCUGAUGUCAGAAUAGCAGCAGAUAAGAACUACAGAAGUAAAGCAUCUCAGGAAAGUGCUCUGAAAAAGAUGCAUGAGGAAGAACAUCAUCAGCAAAUGUCAAUUUUGCAACUGCAGUUAAUCCAAAUGAAUGAAGUUCAUGUGGCAAAAAUACAGCAAAUAGAAAGAGAGUGUGAGAUGGCUGAAGAGGAGCACAGGAUAAAAAUGGAAGUGCUAAAUAAAAAGAAAAUGUAUUGGGAGAGGAAACUGCAGACCAUCACAAAAGAAUGGCCUGUAUCAUCAUUUAACAGACCCUUUCCUAAUUCACCUUAGAACAUAAAGGGGCAGAGAGUCAGUCUGUCUGAGCACAUUUAUGAGUAACACGCACUGGAAAGAGGGUUUUUUAAUGUGAAUGUACAGUGGCAGGAUAGGUGCCUAACUGAUAGUGAACACAUGUUGACUCUUGAUGUUUAGGGAAACCAUGGUAGAGUCCACCAAGGGGAAAAUUGUAUUGUUCAUUUGUAGGUAGUUCUGAUUUGUUUAACUCUCAGACAUGCAGAGUGUUCUAAAAUGUGAACAUAUUUUCCCCUCUCAGGAUACCCUAACAUCUUUUUGAAAUUUAAGGUACUCUGGGUAUUCUUACAUUGGGUGUUCUUAAGAAAACUUCACAGCUUUAAACAUCAGGUUAUAGUGUUUGUUUUGAUUUCUAUCUUUUCCUAGCUACCAUUUCCCAAAUGAAGGUAAGGGUUGGAGUUGCUCUCUGCUGUUGAGACAAAUGGUGAUUGAUAGGUAUUGGUUGGAUUGUUAUGCUGGGGCUCAGGAAAAAAAAAACUUGUUGCUAGUUAAUAUAGUUCAUAAUUUAUUCUUCACAGAAGCUGUGAAAAUGAAGGAAGUAGCAAAAGGACCGCUGUAAUAACUGAGCCCUUUGCUUAUGAAGAAUAGUGAUAUUUUCCAGCUGGCUGGUUAAUUGGGAGAAUGGUUGUGGGCUGGCCCUCCAGU